ACGACUCGCGCGGGCGAUUUGAGCGGGCGGCUGUUGCCGGGAUACCACUCUGCGGGUUGUAACGUCAACUCGCGGGAUAAUCGGCUGUUUCACCGUUUUAUUUUAAACAAUAAAUUUAAAAAAAGGUGUCGGUAUGAACGAAGGGAAGCUUCAAAACACGAUGGCGGAGUUUAACGGUCUUAACGGCUCGCAGCGGAGACGGUCCGCGCGUUUGAGUUCUUCUCCGCCGGCUAAUGUUACUAGUGACAACAAAAUGGCGCCGGGCCCCGUCGCGGUGAAACGCUCCAUCACUGUGCGGAAAAUAGCGCCCAGAAAAACAGUCGCGCCGUCGGAGCACGACAAGGAGAACACGCCGAGGCGGUCGGCGUCGGAGGGCGUCCAGCAGAAGAAGCCGAAGGUCUCCACGCCGGGUCGUAACCCGGGUCGUGGGGGCUCCUCCUCGGUCAAGAAGAAGGCCGCCAUGCCCUCACCGAUCCUCCCUUCCCCGCCGCCGCCUCGCCCCCAGGAGCCGGCGGUGGAUCCGAAGGACGCGGCGUGGUCGCAGAAGGUGCGGCGGUCCUACAGCCGGCUCAGCGACAAGUCCUUCAACAGCCCCGACUCCAGGGAGACCAUGUUCGGCUUUGAGAAGCUGACAACCCCCGAGGUGAUCCGGAGAGUCGCCAUAUCCAAGACGGGUCCGGAGGUUUCUGGAUCGCUGUCUGGUCUGAACUCGUUCACGUCUUUGCUUGAGGCGGAUGACUGCGGUUCAGGUUUCCCCGAGCAGGACACGAACAUCCCCGGUGUGGCCUUGGUGAAGGAGAAGAGGAGGAGGAGGAAGGUCCAGCAGAUAGACGCCACCGAGGUGGACGCAAUGGCUGCCAAGAUGAACGCUGAGUUUGAUGAAGCAGAGGUGUUUGAGUUGGUCGUGGAGUAAAUAUGAAGACUGAAGGAAUCUCUUUAUAGCAUGUUUAUUUUAUCUCUGACAUGCUGACACAAACUCUGUCUCUGGGAGGACAACACUCAUCUGUGUGCUUCAUACUCUAAACAUUCAUGUUAUUGUAUAUUUCCAGCUCUGUAUAUAUACAUUUUUGAGUCUUUGAGGUUUUAUAUGUUUGGUUUAAAUGCUCUUAAUGCAGUUUGAUUGGGUUAUUAUGUGGUGGUGCGAUGGUAUAAUCCCAUGUGAGUGUUGUUUUGAGUUCAAAAACCUAAAAAGCAUGUUCUUUAUUUUGGUUAUUAUUGAAACAUUUAUAAAGAUUUAGUUUCCUGUGAUCAUUUUAUCUCAUUAUUUGUCAUGUUAACAGACCCAAAGUUGGUUUUUAAACAACAUUUGAUUGUUUUAAUUGUCUCAAACUGGUUGAUUGUGCACAUAGAAGGAACAUAUGUGACAGUUUAAUACGGAUUGUGAAAGCUGUAGUUUGUGUAAACAUUUGAGCUUUGAUUGAGAAUCAGAAUUGAGCUUUUCGUCAUUCAGAAACAACAUAAAUGUGGUCUGUAACCAUCAUAAUAAUAAACAUAAUAAUAAUAAUGUUUUACAUCCACAUUUAACUGACAUACAAUUUCAAAAUAAGGCUUUUUAGGCCACAGUUAUUAAUGUUCUUGGACUAUCUGUCUACAUCUUUCCUUCCUUUAAACAUAAAAGAAAAUGUGUUUUUUUAUUUUUGCUUGCUUUGUAAAUGUAAAUAAAUACUCAAGUAAUUGAUUCACCAGAA